GAACCUUAUUGGAGCGUUAUCUUGCCUUAUGGCUCCAGGGCGCGUUUUACGGCAUUUUACGGCUUUCCAUUCACUUCGCUGUGAAGAUGGCGUCGGGCAGCGGGACAAAAAACUUGGACUUUCGCCGAAAGUGGGACAAAGAUGAAUACGAGAAGCUCGCGGAGAAGAGACUCACAGAAGAGAGAGAAAAGAAGGAUGGAAAGCCGGUGCAGCCAGUCAAGCGGGAGCUUCUGCGGCACAGGGAUUACAAGGUGGACUUGGAGUCCAAACUUGGGAAGACAAUCGUUAUUACCAAGACGACCCCACAGUCUGAGAUGGGAGGCUACUACUGCAAUGUCUGUGACUGUGUGGUGAAGGAUUCCAUCAACUUCCUGGAUCACAUUAAUGGAAAGAAACAUCAGCGAAACCUGGGCAUGUCUAUGCGCGUGGAGCGGUCCACUCUGGAUCAAGUAAAGAAACGUUUUGAAGUCAACAAGAAGAAGAUGGAAGAGAAGCAGAAAGACUAUGAUUUUGAGGAAAGGAUGAAGGAGCUCAGAGAAGAGGAGGAAAAGGCUAAAGCAUACAAGAAAGAGAAACAGAAGGAGAAGAAAAGGAGGGCCGAGGAGGACUUGACAUUUGAGGAGGAUGAUGAGAUGGCAGCUGUGAUGGGUUUCUCUGGCUUUGGUUCCACCAAGAAGAGUUACUGAAGCACUAGAGCUCUUUGGCCUGACUUUGACCUAUGCUGGACUUAACUUUGAGUGUGUGUUGAGGUGGGGGUGGGGGUGUCAUUUCUUUUUUGAGUACUGGAGAAAGUCUUUCAGAGUGUUAAUGGGCAGGGCGAGAGGGUGGGUGUUUGUGGUUUCCCUCUACAUUUCGAGAGGGCACAGGAUGUAGAGGUGAUGCUGUGGCGUUAUUCCUUCAGCCUCAGUAUAUUACCAGAGUCACAGAGCCUCUGCCCAUCUGUGUCCCCAAUAAAGAAAGACCUCCCGCUUAGAGGCUGCUUUCCCCAAAUCCCCCUGCAUCUUCCCUCUUCAUCUACCCAACCUCUUGUCUGAACAUCCUCCUCUUUCCUAUGUUUGUAUUGUUUUAACCUUUACUCUUGUUCAGCUUGCAACAGAAGGGUUAUCUGGGUCUCCAGUGUGCAGGUGCUGGCAUGUCCUUGGCCAGCUCUUCCAUCUCACCCAGCGGUUCUCUACCCACUUGUGCAUGCAUGUGAUUUCUGCCUGGGCCAAUGUGUGUGUGGGUAUGUGUGCAUGAUAUGUCACAAAGAGGGGACCUGAGCUAGAAUCUCAGAGCAGUGCUGCCCUGAGGCCUAAUGUUCUCAGUUUCCUUGGUGCAUGUAACAGGAAAUUAAAUGGGAUGAGUGUUUGGUGUGGCUUGUGUCUGCUGAGUUUCUAACCUUGUUUCUUCUCUUUCACUUCAUUGAGGAUUUCUGUUUUUGUCUUCCUUGGGAACAGGUUCUUGGAAGAAUCUGUUUGAUGCAAAAAAGAAAACAGCAAAACAAAACAGCCCUAAAACCAAACAAGCUCACUCUGGGAGACCACAGUUCUCAUGCACUGUUCAACAUACACAAUAAAUGACAGUGACUAGGCCUGUUUCACAUUCGCUGGGAACAUUUCCAUCUUGUUUCCUGUUCCCAUGCGUUCCUACACCAAGGGUUUCCACACAGAGCCUUUCUCUUUCAUGUGAACCCCCUUCCUGCCUUACAGGUUUCCUUAGUGUGAGUUUUUUCCCUUUGCGGAUAGGAUCUGUGCCCUUGGGAGUCCGAACAAAAAACAUUUAGCGCCCUGUAGCUUUAGCACCC